AAGUGUCGCCGCUGCUGCAUUUCUAUCGCUCUGUCUGCCAGCCCCCCCCCCAAUCAGCCCGCAGUAGCCCCAGCAUGCUCUGUGAGAUGCGGCGGACGCAGAGCACCUAUUGUAGCGCCCAUUCAAAUCACCCGCCAUGAUCGGCAGAGUUCCUUUCGAAAUCACCUCGCUGCCUUCUGUCCAGAUCUCGGUCAACGAUCGUCUUUGGCUCGCCUCACUACAACCGCUUGUGUCUCGUACUUGCGGCCAGAGACCAGUCAUGCACCGCCAAAGGACCAUCUUUCGACUCAGGUAUAUCUUGCAAACUUGGGUCCAACAGGGCCGUGUCGGCUAGAGUACCUGUUCGCCAUGCAGCGAUCGUCAACCGCAGCCUUCCAGCGGCCAUCGCUCAAGAUCCGAUCCAGCUUGGCAGUCGAAGCACUGAGGCCUGCGUCGGCUAUCAACUCGACGAUAUCACUGGCUUCCGCAGAGAGUCCUCGGUUCGCUGGAAAUGCACCAUUCUCCAUCAACUCGGCUCCCAACGGCAGCAACGGCGACGACCGAGAACUGGGCUCGCCAGCGCAAAUCGUCGUCCGCGUUCAAAAUGAGUUCCCCAAAUUCUCGGCUCCCGACCGGCAGAAAUUCAUCCUGGCGAUUCUCAAGGAGUGCGACCCCUCCGACAUGACGUUCCUCUACAAGACGCUUCCAGUCCUGCACCGCGACUUCCUGAAACUCCUGCCGGCGCCAAUCUCGCACCGAAUCCUGAGCUAUGUCCACCCUCGAGACUUUUGCGUCGUAAUCCGGGUCUCCCGUGCCUGGUUUCGGACUGUAACGGACCCCGUACUCUGGGCGCUGCUCUACGAUCAAAUCGGCCUGUCGAGCAUGACCAACUCAUACUACAUUGCGAAUGCCCCGCUCUUGGUGAAUGCAAAGAAGCUGCAUCGGCUCAGCAGCUGGACACGCGGUCGAUUUACACAUCGGCGUUUCCUGGCCCAUCAGGCCGGCAUCCUUGGCAUCUGGUUCAAUGGGCAGUGGGUUGCUACAGGCUCGGUUGACAAAUCAUGCACGGUCCACCAUGUCAGCAACGGCAAGCUGGUGAAGCGAUACGUCGGACACGAAGAGAGUGUGUAUUGCGUCCAGUUUGAUGAAGCAAAGGUGAUUACUGGAAGCGCCGACUGCACCGUACGCAUCUGGGGUGCCAAAGACGGUGGCCAGCGAUUUAUUCUGCGUGGACACAAGGCCACCAUCAAUUGCCUCAAGUUCAACUCGGAUAACCUUCUUGUUACUGGCUCUUCCGACAAAACCCUCCGGAUCUGGCAGAUGCCUAAUAACGCCAUCAUCCUAUCUACCAAGAUCAAACGAACAGAGACUACCGAUGAGCAGCGGCUGAUGCUCAUCCAAGGCGGCGAACGAGCUGCUCCUGCACAGCAGCGAGUGGGCAGUCCCAGAGAAAAGCCAGGAUCUGCUGGGCUUGGGCGUUCCGCCUCGACCGUGAAUCCCAAUUCGAAUUCCAAACUCAGGACCAAGGACAAGAGCUCGACCGAGCCUGGUACUGUACCAACUCAGAUGGAGCCGACCUGCUUGCGAACCCUCCAUGGACAUGUUGCUGGCGUCAAAUGCCUUGACUUCACCUCGGCUGUCCUCGUCAGCGGAGAUAUCCAUGGGUUCCUCCGACUAUGGCAUAUACGCAGCGGAAAUUUGCUCAAGGUAAUUAGCAUCGCUCAGCCGUCAAAGGCCAUCAACGCCUUCCAGACAGCAGUUCCUCCUGCAGCGUCGGACGACCCAAUUUCAUCCAUUCAGUUCACGGGCACACGUCUUGUGUUUGGAGCGUUCUCGGGAAACCUGUACAUGUACGAUGUUCUCCCGCACAAGACCAUCACCAGUGCUGUCACGACUAACCAGCUCAGCGCUGCCUAUGAGCAUCUGCAUCACUGGGCAAACGAUCCUGCAACCUUUGUUCUCAACCGGGUCUUCAACCUCCAAGAAACCAUGUCCAGUCCUACACUUUCGCAUGCUGCAUCGUCGGCUGAAGUCCGGCCGCUCUCACCAACACCGGAUCGGCGCAAGACUAAGCGCCGCAACGGCGAGCGCUAUCCUGCUUCCAAAUCCGGUGCCACCUCUUCGUCGUCGUCGUUCUCCAAGCCCGGCAACCUCGAGAUUUCAGUCUCCCGGGAACCUUCGCUGCCCAGUCCGUUGUCAAGUGCUCUUCCAAGUCCGCUGGCUUUUGCAGCUUCGCCGCUUGCCAAGAUCAAGAGCCAAAAGCUCAAUUCAUGGGCUCUUUGUGUCCAGAUGGACGAGUGGAGACUAAUGAGCGGCGGAUCCGGGGGCCGCUGUUCGGUUUGGAACUAUAGAACCGGCCGCCAGAUCUAUGUUUUGAAGGGCAACAUCAUCGACAACGGAGAUGGACCCAUCCAAUGCGAGACAAAGGAGAUCUUGCCGGAAGAGGCUCUCGAUUUCGCUGGGGACGGCAAUACAGAGGAGGGGAAGACCAUCACUGGAGUGGCGUUUGACGACCGAUAUAUUGUUGCUGGCGGAAUGGAUGGAAUGGUGCGUAUAUGGGAGGCGAAAGUCAACUAAGGUCCAUUGCCGUGUAAAAGCGAAUGCGACGAAAGCAAUAUACAAUGACCGCUCUUCAGUGGCUUCACAAGGAUGCUGUUCCUGAAACUCUUGUUUUGUAGGGUAUGGUGUAUUUCCCCACUGGAUAUACCAGGAUCUACCAAGCACAUAGCCCUCGAGGAGUGACAGCAGCUAUGGCGCAUGAGGGCAGCGGUGCAAGUGGUAGAAGAGGAGGCAGAGGGCACCUAGCGAGACGCCUC